UAAAUUGGUCGUUUGCUAACAAGUAAGAAACAAAUUUGUUAUUUCUUUCUCUCUCUUUUUCAAUUAUUCUUUAUUUUUUUGUCUAAAAAAGGGUAGAGAGAGAUAAAUUGAAAGCUGAUCUCUCUCUUUCUUGUUGCAAUGAUUUUCGUCUACCAAACCCAAACGUAACUCGUUCUCGUUUGUCUAAUUGUUUGUUUAUUUUUCCUCUUUGAUUUUUGUUUGUUUGUUAAAAGAAAAAGUCAUUUUUAAGGUCCAAGUGUUCGGAAAUUUUGGGUUGAUUGCGAGAAAUGAGCAAAGAGAUUGUAAAGGAAGAAGCGCCGCCGUCGUUGUCUGGUGUUGUUUCGGCUGAGAAUCGUCCUUUUGGUAGUCUGAGAGGUGUCCAAUGGCGUAUCAAUCUCGGAAUUUUACCUUCUUCUUCUUCAAUUGAUGAUCUUCGAAGGGUAACUGCUGAUUCUCGCAGAAGAUAUGCUGUGUUGAGAAGGCGGCUGCUUGUGGAUCCACAUGUUCCCAAAGAUGGAGGAAGUAAUUCCCCUGAUCUUGUCAUGGACAAUCCACUCUCACAAAACCCAGACAGCACCUGGGGUCGAUUCUUUCGGAAUGCUGAGCUGGAAAAAAUGGUUGACCAGGAUUUAUCACGAUUAUAUCCUGAGCAUGGAAGCUACUUCCAGACCCCUGGAUGUCAGGGAAUGUUGAGACGCAUAUUGUUGCUGUGGUGCCUUACACACCCAGAGUUUGGUUAUAGACAAGGAAUGCAUGAACUGUUGGCUCCUCUGCUUUACGUUCUUCAUGUUGAUGUUGAGUGUCUUUCAGAAGUGCGAAAGCUAUAUGAAGACCAUUUCAUUGACAAAUUUGAUGGAUUGUCAUUUGAAGAAAAUGAUGUCACAUACAAUUUUGAUUUUAAGAAGUUUUUAGAUUCCAUGGAAGAUGACAUUGGAUCUCAAGGUAAUUCAAAGAAAGUUAGGAGUCUUGAUGAGCUUGAUCCUGAGAUACAGACCAUUGUAUCGCUAAGUGAUGCUUAUGGAGCUGAAGGUGAACUUGGUAUUGUCUUGUCUGAGAAAUUUAUGGAACAUGAUGCCUACUGUAUGUUUGAUGCUCUGAUGAGUGGGGCACGUGGUUCAGUUGCUAUGGCCGAUUUUUUUGCUCCCUCCCUGGAAGCUGAGUCCCACAGUGGCCUGCCCCCUGUCAUUGAAGCCUCAGCUGCACUAUAUCAUUUGCUGUCAGUUGUUGAUUCAUCUCUACAUAGCCAUCUUGUUGAGCUUGGUGUUGAACCACAGUAUUUUGCACUUCGCUGGUUGCGGGUUUUAUUUGGACGGGAGUUCUCACUUCAAGAUCUCUUAGUUGUAUGGGAUGAGAUUUUCACAGCAGAUAAUAGCGUAUUUGAUAAGGUCUCUGAAGAUGAUGAGGGGAGUUCCAGUUUUAAAAUACUCAAUUCACACCGUGGAGCAUUAAUCGCUGCUAUGGCAGUCUCUAUGAUACUUUAUCUAAGAUCUUCCUUGCUUGCCACUGAAAAUGCAACAUCUUGUCUUCAGAGACUCUUGAAUUUUCCAGAGAAUAUAAAUCUGGAAAAACUUAUAGCAAAGGCAAAGUCACUGCAAAUUCUUGCAUUGGAUUCUAAUAUCUCAUCCUUGUCAUAUACAUUUGGUGGGGCUUAUAGCCGCUGCAAAUCUGCAGUGACUGGUCACAAUCUUUCAUCUGAUCCAGUUUCUCCAAAAACUCCUCUGAGCCUGGUGCCUGACAGCUACUGGGAAGAAAAGUGGAGAGUACUGCAUAAGGCUGAGGAACUAAGGCAAGAUAGUUUAGGAAAACAAACUCCUAGUGGGAAAAAGAGAUGGUCAGAAAAAGUAAAGCUGGGCCUAUAUAGAACUGAAUCUGACCCAUCACCAGCAAGAGCAGAGAAAUGCAAAAAGGGCCACAGGUCAUCUGUUAGGCGUAGUUUGCUUGAAGAUUUGUCUCGGCAGCUUGGCUUUGAGGAAGAUGCUGAAAAGGGAGGCUGUUUUGAUGCUUCUAAUACUGACGAUCAUCAUUCUAUAGAAAAUCAGGCGGAGGGACAAAAUGGUACUAAUAAAGAGUCUAUUUGCGCAGCUGAGGAGAGAUGUGAGAGUGGAAGUGGAACUGUUGUCAGUGAAGAAAACUCCUCUAUCUUUUCUGACCCAGCAAGUCCUGGUAGUGGCACUAAUGACCAUGAAAAUGACACAGAAAAAAGUAGUGUUGCGUCAAAUUUAUCCAUCGAUGAAAAUGAUUAUCUCCAGCAAAGUAACCAAGAAGAUUCACCUGUGCCGAUUUCCCUUCCUCCUGAAAAUGUCUCUCUAAAUUCUCUGCAUGAGAAUGAAUUGUCAAGGAAGAUGGUCUCAGCAAAGAAGGAGCAAAGGCAUCUUUCAGGUAGAUUCCAGUGGCUUUGGAAGUUUGGGCGAAACAAUGUCAGUGAGGAGACAUCUGAUAAAGGAGGUACCCAUGAGGCUGCAAAAUCUCCAACUUGUGAUAGCAAGAGCAAUACUGCAGACUCAUCUACCGCUGAUGCUUCUAGUAAUUCAUCUUCCACCAGCGAAGGAGAUGCUGUGGACCAGAAUGUAAUGGGUGCAUUGAAGAAUCUUGGGCAGUCUAUGCUUGAACACAUUCAGGUUCUGGAGUCCGUUUUUCAGCAAGAUCGGGGACAGGUGGCAUCAUUGGACAACUUAUCUAAAAACAUUCUAGUUGGUAAAGGACAAGUAACAGCCAUGACAGCUCUCAAGGAGUUACGGAAGAUCAGCAACCUACUAUUAGAGAUGUGUCUGAGACAUCGGGGAUGUAAAUGUGCGUUUUCUAUUGUGAUCUUAUCGAAUUUUUGAAUGCAUAAUGAGUAUGCCGUAAGUGUAGCUUUUCCUGCUAAGGUUUCCUGUGUCACCUGGAAGGUUAUGCUUGUUUGUGGGUUCUUCGCUCUUUGCCAUUGCACUUGUUAAA